ACUAGACAAAACACAACCAAAACUAUCAUUACUCAAUCAUGAAGCUUGUUUAUUCUCUCACCCUUUCCUUCCUCCUCUUUGUUUUCAUCACCAAUCUUUCUAUAGCUUUCUCAAAUGACGAUAAUGAGCCAGUACUUGACCUAUCGGGUAAACCCCUUAUCGCAGGUAACGAAUACUACAUUCUCCCUUCCUCUGGUCGCGGCAUCACUGGUGGUGGAAUAGAACUAGAAAAAACCGGUAACUCCAAAUGUGAAGUUACUGUCCUACAAAGUUACAGACUAUUUUCCUUCCAAACAUCACUGAAAUUUACCAAUUUAAAAAACAGUUCUGAACAAAUCCUCACAAGUACGCCACUUGAGAUUGAAGUUACUAAGAAGCCUGAUUGUGCUCAUUCAUCAAAAUGGAUAGUAUUUGUUGAUAACGUUAUUCAUAAAUCUUGUCUUGGUAUUGGUGAUUAUCGAAACUAUAAUGAUCUCCAAAAAGUUUCUGGCACAUUCAGUAUCUUGAAAUAUGGAAAGGGUUAUCAGUUUGAAUUUUGCCUUGAUGGAUCUGGUGCUUGUUAUGAUAUUGGGAGGUAUCAUCAUUUUGGUGAAAUUGGAAAACGUUUGUAUUUGGCUGAACAGGACCCAAAAGACCCUUUUGAAUUUAUUUUUCUUCCUACUUCCUUUGGAAUAAUUAAGUCUGUUGUUGCAUGAGUUCAAUUUAACUAGCUAGCUAUAGCUAGCUAGACUUGCUCUAUGUAAGCUUGAAAUAAUAAAAUAAAUGGAAUCAAUACAGUGUAUUAAUUCCUUCCUUA